AUGCACGAAACAAAUACAUCGGAAACCGACGAUAGCGACGAUCCCAUUGUAAAAGAGAUACCAAUAAUACAUUCGAAACGACUAGAAGAGAAUUUGUUCCUGUUCCAAUACCCCCUGAAGCACAAGCAAUGCGCCAACGAGCACCGGAUCAACAAGUGCUUCUUCAAGCCCGCAAACAAAGAGGUGAAGCUGGAGUUGAGCAUCGACACGGACUCCCCCAAUUUCGACACAGGCAGGGCCGAAAUAAUCGCUCACGAAGUCGACAAGGACACCGAGAAAUCCAAAGACGCCGGCAAAUAUUUCGAAAACGAAAUCGUCGAUAAAGUCCUCCUGCAAUCGAGCAACUCCAUCAAAAACCCCGAUAAAUACGCUGUGGCCGUUUACAACGGCAAAGAGAUACACCUCACUUCCCUAAAAGGAGUCUUUCAAUUCAGACCCUCGUUCCCCUACAUGGAGAAGAGCCUGAAGCGCAAGAAAGAGAACGAUAGUGAAGAGCUCGACGAAGAAGAAGCCGGCCCGAGCACGGCCCAACAAGUCACCGUUAAAUUCAAAUCGAACGACGAAAGGUGGAAGAAAGGCGAUGCGAAGAGCUUCAAAGCGUUGCAAGCCCGAAGCGCCGAAGAGCCCUGGGUCGAAUGCAAGUGGCACAACGAAGACAGCACUUUCAGCAGUAUCGAGAAACUCAAAUUAAUAUCCGAUAACACCGAAGACGUUAGCUCGGCUACCUCCUUAGACGAGGCCGAGUACCUGCGGUUGUUGGUUCCCGCCGAUCAGGAACAGGCCCCCCUCGAGCCGGUUCUGCCCUCUCAUUUGCUCUCUCUGAACGCCCUAAGGGCUCUGCCCGUUCAAGAACGAUGCCGGGUGCUCCUCAAAGACGCGCAAAUCAUCAAAUUUCAACAGCUGUUGAUGCUGUUGACGGGUGGAGAGAAACUGGCUGCGGACCUCUUGCUCAAGGCCCUUCCUACCGUGGCUGUGCUCGUUCGGGGUAAUUGGAUCGUGAAAUCGGACGUUCUGUAUCCUGCUAAUACGUUUUCUUCAACCAGCGGUGUACCGGCCGAGCUAAUGUGCAGAGCUAGGGACUAUAUCUUGUAUCUAUUUACCAAGAACCAAUACGUCGAAAGGAAGAAAGUGUCGUCGAUAUUAAAAAUACCAUCGGAGGAGAUUAAAGAGAUUUUCACGGGGAUCUCGAAGCUCCGAAGGCACAACAAGGAGUGGGAGCUGCAUUUGCCGGUCGAUCAGGAUUUCAUCAACAAGCACGGGGAUUUGGUGCAGAAACAGAACCUCAUGUGGGAGCACCGGUUCCACCAGCUCAGCCAAUUUCUGAAGGACAAUAUGACGCAGAGAAGGAAGAGCCGGAGCGAGAGCAAGAGCGUGAGCGAGGAAGGGAGGGCGAGGAACAGUCUGAGUUUUAGUUCGGAUAACGAUUCGGGUACCGAGAAGGGCAAAUCGGCCGCGAAUUCCGUCAAAAAAAUUAGUAAUAAGAACGUUAAAAUGAACCAUUCGAAUUCAUGA